AAGGAAGGAGACAUCGACAUCGGCGGAAUUUUUGGUCUGCACUCCCGUUUAGAGAAAUCGGAGCUUUCAUUUAAAAACAGGCCGAGAGCUGUGAAAUGUGAAAGAUUGGAAUUCCAAAUAUUCCGCCUCGCGCAGGCGAUGAUAUUUGCGAUUGAAGAGGUAAACAGAAGUCCCAUUCUGCUUCCAAAUAUUACACUGGGCUACAGGAUUUAUGAUUCAUGCAGUCUGGCUCGCUUGUCAGUGAAAGCGGCUUUCGAAAUUUUCAACGGACAGGACCCAACCUCCCAAGGGACAUCCUGUCCAUCGCGCUCACUGGUCCCCGCAAUCGUGGCGGACUCGGGAUCUUCGCAGUCGCUGGCAGUCGCGGCAUCAAUAGGUCCUUUCAAAGUGCCCAUGGUUAGCUAUUUCUCCACUUGUGCCUGUCUCAGCAAUCGGCGAGAAUUUCCUUCUUUCUUUCGAACGAUCCCAAGCGAUUACUUUCAGACCAAAGCACUGGCGCAACUUGUCAAGCGUUUUGGAUGGACAUGGAUUGGAACGGUCAGAAGCGACAACGAUUACGGAAACUUUGGGAUGCAGGCCUUCACUGAGACGGUUCAGGAGCUUGGGGUUUGCAUUGCCUUCUCCGAGUCUUUCCACAGGAGGUAUUCAAGAGAAAGGUUACUUCAUAUUAUCCGCGUUAUUCGGAGAGCAUCCACGAAAGUCGUGGUGGCCUUUCUCACUCAGGCGGAUAUGGCAGCUUUAUUGAACGAAAUUGCUCGACAAAACAUUUCUGGUAUCCAGUGGGUGGGCACUGAAGCGUGGAUCGCUACUUCGCUUCUGUCUCCAGAGGAGAACAAAAGGUUUGUAACUGGGGCCAUCGGGGUUGCCGUGCGUAAUGUGAAUAUCCCAGGGUUCAAAGAUUUUUUAACGAGUCUUCAUCCGUCUGCCUAUCCCGGUAAUCCUUUAGUUGAAGAAUUUUGGGAAAAGACCUUCGGCUGCAGCCUGAAACGAAUAGGCAACACGGCAAACACAACGGCCACCUUUCAGCCUCGUCAAUGUACAGGAACCGAGAGUCUAAGAACUGUGUCUAACACCUACACGGACACAUCGCAGCUGCGGGUGACAAAUAAAGUUUAUGAGGCGACUUAUGCUAUAGCUCAUGCACUUCACAAUAUGUUUUUGUGUAAAAGUGGCGAAGGUCCAUUUGUCAAUCAGUCAUGCGCAAACAUGUCAAAUAUUCAGCCAUGGCAGGUUUUGCAUUACAUGCAGUCGCUAAAUUUCACAACGAAGUCGGGGGAAAGGGUAAAUUUCGACAAAAACGGGGACUCGUUGGCUAUGUACGACAUUGUGAACUGGCAGGUGAAUAGCGAGGGGAAUGCAACUGUAUUGAUAGUCGGAAAUUAUGACGGAUCAGCGCCUUCAGGUGAACAAGUCAUUAUAAAUGAAGAAUCGAUUGUUUGGACUGGUGGCCACAGACAGGUCCCUCUGGCCGUUUGUUCCAACAGCUGUUUUCCUGGAACAAGAAAAGCAGCUCGCAAAGGACAGCCUAUUUGUUGCUUUGAUUGCAUCCCAUGCGCCCAAGGGGCGAUCAGUAACACCACAGAUUCAAUUGUAUGUAUUAGGUGCCCAAGCGAUUCCUGGCCCAACGAGCGACAGGACCUAUGCAUACAGAAGAAGGUUGACUUUCUCUCGUUUGCCGAGAUGAUGGGGACUGCUCUCACCACGUUAGCGUUGAUCGGAAGUUGCAUCACUGCCACGAUAGGCUGCGUUUUCUUUCUUCACAAAGACACCCCGAUCGUGAAGGCCAACAAUUCGGAACUCAGCUUCCUUCUUCUCCUCGCACUGAGCCUUUGCUUCCUCUGUUCAAUCACAUUCAUUGGCGAGCCAUCUGCGUGGUCCUGUAUGCUGCGCCACACCAUGUUUGGCGUUACUUUUGUCCUCUGCGUCUCCUGUGUUUUGGGCAAGACUAUUGUUGUGGUGCUGGCAUUUCAGGCAACACGACCCGGCAAUAAUGUAGUCAAAUGUUUUGGGCCCCUACAACAACGCCUGAUCGUCUUUCUUCUUACACUGCUGCAGUGCUUAAUAUGUACCGUCUGGCUCAUCAAAUCCCCACCACGCCCUGUCAAAAACAUGGACUAUUCGAACGAAGUGAUCCUUCUGAAAUGUGAUGUGGGAUCUGAAGUGGCAUUUUACUGCGUCCUGGGUUAUAUAAGCUGCCUGUCAUUGGUUUGUUUUGCCGUUGCCUUUUUGGCACGGAAUUUGCCGGGCAAUUUCAACGAAGCGAAGUACAUUACAUUUAGCAUGAUAAUUUUUUGUGCUGUUUGGAUAUCGUUCAUUCCAGCUUAUGUCAGUUCUCCCGGGAAAUUCACUGUGGCGGUGGAAGUGUUUGCCAUUUUGGUUUCCAGCUUUGGCUUACUGUUCUGUAUAUUUGCGCCUAAAUGUUACAUCAUAUUGUUAAAGCCGGAAAGAAAUUCAAAGAAGCAUAUGAUGGGGAAAGUAUAUUCUUAA